AUGGUGCGUCAGCUGCACGACGGUAUGAUGGCGCGAGUCACGGACAACGGAGCUGUGUCAGAGGCAUUGGCAGUGACCAACGGAGUGAAGCAGGGAUGCAUGCUGGCGCCUACCCUCUUCCGUCUUAUGUUCUCUGCCAUGCUAAUGGACGCCUACCGUGAUGAACGCCCCGGGAUCCGCAUCGCCUACAGGGCGGACGGUCACCUGCUGAACCAACGGCGGAUGCACUUCCAUUCGCGCGUAUCCACAACCACCUUCACGAACUCCUCUUCGCCGACGACUGCGCCCUGA